AUGGCCAUAGACGAAGGAGGCCUAGCCAGACGGCUGUGGUUCAAGUUCAGAGACGACUCUGUUUUCUCUCUCUACACUCCCUUCUUCGUUGGCUUAGCCUCUGCUACUCUGCACUCUGAAACUACCUUCCGCCAUUUCAUCUCUCAGGACCUCCAUUUUCUCAAAGCCUUCGUUCUCGCAUAUGAAUUGGCGGAAGAUUGUGCAGAUGAUGAGGACGACAAGAAUGGUUUACGCGAUUUGAGAAAACGUGCCGUCGGCAGGCUUCAAAUGCACGACACAUUUGUCCGAGAAUGGGGUUUUGAAUUCCCAAAUGAGGACAUUUCUAAAGACAUUGCAACAACCAAAUACACAGAUUUCUUGCUUGCAACAGCAUCAGGGAAAAUUGAAGGAGAAAGAUCGGUUCUGGACAAAAUCGCAACUCCUUUCGAAAAGACCAAGGUUGCUGCAUAUACACUUGCUGCUCUGGCUCCUUGUAUGAGACUCUAUGCCUUCAUCAGUACUGAGAUCCAAGGCAUUAUAAAUCCUGAUCAAGAUAGCACUCACAUUUACAAAAGCUGGAUAGAAAAUUAUUCGUCUCAAGUUUUCGAGGAAAUAGCCCUGCAAAAUGAAGACAUGCUAGAUAAACUUAGUGUUUCUUUGACUGGUGAGGAGCUUGAGAUUAUAGAGAAGCUCUAUCAUCAAGCUAUGAAGCUUCAAGUAGAUUUUAUUGCUGCUCAACCAAUUUCUGAUCAGCAAUCUGUAGUUCCUUUGUCUCGGGUGCAUGACUUUAGCAAACGCCAUCUUAUGAUACUUUGUGACUUUGAUUUGGCAUGCACUGCUUUUGAUUCUGCUGCCAUAUUGGCUGAGAUUGCGAUCAUAACAGCACCAAAGGCCGAUAUGGAUGGAUCUGAUCAAACCCAACUUGCUCGGAUGCCAUCAGCAGACUUAAGGAGCACAUGGGAUGUUCUUUCAACCCAAUACACUGAACAAUUUGAACAAUGUGUAGAAAGCAUUGUGGCCAGUGAGAGAGUGGAAGAAUUCGAUUAUGAACCUCUGUGUAGCGCGCUUGAACAACUUGCGGAGUUUGAGAGAAAGGCAAAUGAAAGGGUGGUUCAGUCAGGAGUGUUGAAGGGUUUAAAUGUGGAGGAUAUAAAAAGGGCUGGACAGAGCCUCAUUCUGCAAGAUGGUUGCAGAAGCUUCUUUCAGAAGAUUGUGAAAAAUGAAAAUCUGAAAACUGAUGUUCAUGUGCUUUCAUACUGCUGGUGUAAUGAUCUCAUUGUAUCAGCUUUCUCUUCAGGAGAUUUGAAUGUCUUGAAUGUACAUUCAAAUGAGUUGGUUUAUCAAGAAUCUGUCACAACUGGUGAAAUUGUAAAGAAGAUGGAGUCUCCCAUGGAAAAGCUUCAAGUCUUCAAUGACGUCCUAAUCGACUGCAGGAGCGAAGGCAAUAAACACUUGACAGUUUACAUUGGAGGCUCAGUGGGUGACAUGCUUUGCCUGCUUGAAGCAGAUAUAGGCAUUGUAGUUGGUUCAAGUUCAAGCCUAAGGAGACUAGGUGAUCAUUUUGGCGUUUCCUUUGUCCCAUUGUUCUCUGGCUUGGUGAAUAGGCAGAGAGAACUUGCUGAUCAAGAUUGUGCCUCUAAUUGGUGGAAACCAUUGUCUGGUGUUCUUUAUACGGUGUCUAGUUGGGCUGAAAUACAGGCAUUCAUUUUGGGUUCAAGCAAGUUGGUGUUGAGAAAGAUUUCAAUGGCAACUUUCUGGCAGGAGAGAGAAAGAGAAGAAGAUGUAAUAUAA